CAAUCAACGAAACAUUUCUCCUUGAUAAAACUCAUCUCUCCCGAACAUUAUUUGUGUUUUUGUAUAUAUUUUUGAUAGUGUGGCACCAUUGCCUUUGUGUGUACGUAUUGUACAAAUAGUCAGUGCAGUGUGUCAUAUCAGUGGCCAGUGCGGGAAUACGAGAGAGUUUAGUGAACAGUUUAGGAUCCCCUUGACAGUGCAGAGCACUGAGCAUGAUUUAAGAUAAGAUGCUAUUUUUUUUAUUCACGAAACCUUUCCGUACACUGGACCACAUUUUUUAAGUUAUUAGUUUGACCGGCUUGGAGGUAUAACGUAGGAAUACUGGAUUCGGUUUUGUAUCGUGAAAAAUCUCAGUGACAUAAAAACAAUCAAGGUAUAUAAAAAAUGGUUGAAGAUGAGGAUUGGGACUUACCAAGUACUCCAAGUACCCCAAAAGCACUUGCUACAUCCAGCUGCAGUUCAAGUACUCAUCAAACAUUGAAAAUCACAGAUGGCUACAAAUACAGCUAUGAAGCUCUGGCAAGCCCAGCAAAUAUUGACGAUUGGGUUGAACCCUCCUCCUAUGGAGGGUCGAGGCGCUCAAAUGCUUACGGAGAAGGAAGGCCAUUUAGACAUGAAAGAAACAGUAGCAAUAGGUUUGAUCCAACAAAACGUAACAACAAUUUCUCACAAAACAACAGUUUUGGAAAAUCCUUUGGUACAUCAAAACCUAGAUUCUCAAGCAGACCUCCUGUACCUGUCAUCGAAGACUGGGAUGCUCCAACACCAUCUGCCAGUCAUAUAAACGGGGCAUGGAAACCACCACCUGCGACAGCUCCUGUAUUCGCAAAUACUCCUGCAGUAGACAAUGAAGACUGGAAUGUACCAUCGGGAGAAAGUUCCAGUUACAAAUCUCCACAAGCGACAAUCGAAAUACCUAUCUUUAAUCCAGCUGCAGCAAGACAAAUCCAUGCAGCCACUCCACAGUCAGAUAAUGUUCCAGCCUAUAGUCCAAGCUUUUCAAGGCAAAGCAAUAGUACUAGUCUUAUCACUAACCAUGCAGCUAAAGACCAAGAAGAAUGGUGGGAUGAUGCCCCUUCGGAAAGCAAGAAUAAUCCACCCGCGGCAACUGACAUACCGAUUUUUAGACCAAGUGGCGUGUCAAGUACUCCACAACAGCAUCAUAGCAUUCGCACACCAGAAGUACAAUCAAGACCAAGCAAAACUCAAACUAGCAAUGAAGACGAGGAAGAAUCGUGGGACGAACCCAGCGAAAUAAGCAGGCCACAGCCAUCUGCUGAAAUACCAAUUUUUAAGCCUCCCAGCAGCCACAACAAUGGUUCCAGUUCACCUGCACUUCGGUCAACGCCAAUAACUAGCUCAGCUACAGCGGCAGACGGUGAAGAAAAUUGGGACGAUGACACACCGGCACCGGUAGCCCAGGACAUUCCCAUUUUCAAACCAAGCGCCCGAACGCAAUCAGACUCAGAUGGUCAGAGAAGCGAAGGCAGCGGAUCUACCAAGGCGAGUCUGGCUAAAGGUUUUGGGCAAAAAGGAUUUGGCGGCUCUGGAUUUGGUGGAGGCUCUAGUGGCCGUGAGCGUGAUUCCAGUUGGGAUCGUGGAAAUAGGGGCUUUGGCGGUGAUAAUCGUGAUCGUGAUCGUGAUCGUGAUCGUGACCGUGAUCGUGAUCGUGAUCGUGAUCGUGAUCGUGAUCAUGACCGUGACCGUGACCGCUUCAGCGGGGAUCGCCGCGGGCGCGGUUUUGGAAACUCUAAUGAUCGUGAGCGUAGCUUCUCCGGAGAGCGUCGCGGGGGUCGCGGUUUUGGAAACAAGUCCAAUAAUGAUCGCGGGUUCGACAGAAACGAACGAAGCUUUAGAGAUAGAAAUGAUCGAAGCUUUGCAGACAGAGGACGAGAUCCCUUCAGCCACCGACAUUCACGGGGAAAUAGACACAGUCCCUAUGAAAGAAAUGGCGACAGAGGAGACAGAGGUAAUCGAGGUGGUAGAGGCGGACGUGGAGGUAGUUUUCGCGAUAACGACAGCUGGGGCAAAAAGCCAUUUGGCCGAAGCUUACCUGGCGGUUUCCGCGAUAACGGGGGUCAUGAUCGAGAUUGGAGCAACAAACCCUUUGGACGAAGCUUGCCUGACCGAAACAAAAAUGACAACGACAGCCCAUCGUAUGUCUCCCUUACAUCCUUCAACAGUAAGCCUGCGAAGGAUUGGGAAGAGAAUUGGGAUUCACCGAGUGGCUCUGUUCCAAAGCCGGCAGAGAGCAAGCCUUCAGAGCCCAAAGCUGGUUCUAAUUCUUUUGUUGCACCUCCAGUCGAGACAGCUUUGGCAACGCAAGAUGACGAAUCGUGGGAUUAAACCAAGUGAACGUUCGUUUAAGUGCCUCAGACUUGCCCCGUAGUAUUCUCACGUGUGACUACUGUGCUUGAAAAAUUUUU